UAGUGAUGCCCACAGUGUCGCCCUGUGCGACGUGGCAGUGCGACAACGGCGGGACAUGUCGCGAGACGAGAGGGAUAGCACGAUGCGUCUGUGCCUCUGGUUAUACAGGCACCCACUGCGAGCGUUGCGACGGCGACAUGAACGGGGUCUGCGCCCCCGGCAGCGUUUGCGAGCUGACCCCCGCAGGCCCUAAAUGUAGCCCCUAUUUGUGUCAGGGGCUCUGUCAGAAUCAGGGCACCUGCGUAGUAUCGUCCUCCGGGCGCGUCUCCUGCGUGUGCCCCUCCGAAUGGUCCGGCGCACGCUGCGAGCGGCGCGCGUGCGUGGACGCGGCGUGCGCCACGCACGGCGCGCACGACACGCACGACACGCACGACACGCACGGCGCCAACGACGUGCAGGACAGGUUCAAGUUCGGCGAGGACGAUCACGAUUACAAGCCACAUGGAAAACACCCCAAGUCCCCAUUCUGCAGUCACGGCGAUUGCGAGAACGGCGGCCGCUGUAUAGCCACGUCUGCGGGCAGCCGCUGCGAGUGCAAAGGGACCUACGGGGGACCCUUUUGUGGGCACUAUGUUGGCCACGGACAUGCGUGUACCACAGCCAACUGUAGGCCACCGUCGCUCUGCGUGUGGACUCCUGUCGACGACCCAAUGCUGCCGGGGCAAGCGUUCUGCGCCUGCAUAGAGGGCGCCAGCUGCACUCCGCCGCACGACCGUGUAGUGGAGGCUGCACCCAGCUCAGGAGGCGCAUGGGCCGGCGCCGGAGUCGCGCUACUGCUGCUGUUGGUCGCUGUGGGAGCGGCGACAUACGUACUACACAGGAGGCGACAUGGUGCGUUCGUGCACGCCCGGCUGGCUGACAACGUUGAGAUCAGUAACCCGAUGUAUUUGGCGGACGAUGAACCGCCUAGAAGAGAUCUGCUGCCGCCACCUAGAGAGAACGGCGGCAACCACUUCGCGAACCCCGUGUACGAGAGCAUGUACGCGCCGAGCGUACCUCUGCCUGAAGAACAAAACUUAUUGGCAGAUGCGUCUGACAGUUCGCCCGCUGAACGGGCCGCACUAUUAUAAGCUAGUGGACAGUCUGACAGACAAAUUUGUCUGUAGAAAAAGACGGUUUUUGAAAAAUGUAGGCGCGAACGUAAGAUCCCAUAUAACAUUUUAAAUUCGAGCCGUUUUGUAUUGACAAAACUCACAGAUUUAAUAUAUACGCUAGAUGACGCAAAUACCACGAUUUGUAUUGAAACCAAUCGUGCCGACUUUUUCAUACAAAAUUUACGCAUAAUAUAAUUUUAAAAUUGCUUUUCUGUGAUAGGAAAUAUGUUCUUGUCUUUGGGUGCUCGCAAUUUUUGGGCUGUUGCAAUUAAUUAUCAUGCAACGAAGCAUUUUUUAAGUUUUCACGGACGUCCGGCUGCAACAACUGACGCGCAUGGACUAUAAAGAGCGACGGUCAACCUCGACGCUUGGUCGGGGUUCGGACACGCGAAGUAGAUGCAGUUACGUCUUCUAUGGUAUAUUUAUUUCUGUGACAAAACUUAUAUGAGAGACAUGAAGAUUAUAAUUUAUUAGCCGUAUGUGUGUGUAUUUAUUCGCCCUCAGAUAUAUCGGGGCGGCCAAGGUACUCACGAAUAUCUGAACACGCCUCUAUUGUCAAGGAGUUUGAGUGCGUGUUCAUAUAUUUUUGAGCACCUCGGCCGAUCCGAUAUAUUUAAAUGGCAACUGUACCUCUACCUGAAGAGUGUAACAGAUAGUGAACAUAUGUGCCAUUCUCAAUCAAAAGGGUACUUAUUGUCGGUUGUCAAUAAGGCGCUAUUUCCAUAUAGCUUCAAUUUGAAAUCAAUCUUAUCGACAACCAACAAUGUGGUACCUUUUGGUUGAAAACGUCACAUAUUCAAUGUUUCACCUUUUCUAAUACCUAUCGUCCGACAAACGGAUCGC